AUGCAUCGCUACUCGGCUCAAGGGAUAGGCGAUAAACUCGUUUACACGCGCAUUUUCGAGGAGUGGGAAGAUACAGACUAUAAAGAUCAAGAUGAUGAUGAAAAACUUGUCAUCAACCCAGAAGAUUCUAUACCCACCAUGGAAGAAGUACAAGCGAGAUAUCAGGAAAUGUUCGGCAAGCACAUAGCAGAUAACCGUUCUCACAGAAAGGACAUCGAGCGUUUCUGGAAAGACAGACUAUUCAAUGGCACAGCGAAGAGAGAUGGUGCCCUUAGGUUUCCAGGCUCUGGUCUCCCCUUGAGUUUCGGGAUAGACAAUAAGAGGCGCCAGCCUUUCCUCCUUGGCUUGCAUGCAAAAGAUUGGCAAUCGCGAACACUGACGAAUCGUGAAGUGUGCAUGCCCAAAUUGGAAGAGGAUAUCACGAACAAACACGAAUGGUGGGAGAAGGUCCUGAAUCCUGAUAUUGUCUCCAAAUGGAAGCAAGAAGCCUUACAAAUGCCAUGGGCAAGUUAUCAGCGCAAUGGCGAAUUUACCAGCAAAAUGGAAGACGUGUGCUUCAGGGAUCUUGCGGCGAAGGCGAAGAUUUACGAACAGAAAAAUUUAAUUCCUGUCAUGGAAUCUUCCGAUUGUGUUGCCAAAUAUUCCGAAAAUCAACGAGACUGGCAUCCAGGAAGCGACGAGAAAGUUCUAGACCUUGUUCAUCCCUCGCUCUGGCCAUUGGUGUUUGGCCGAUCUCGCAUUCUUUCUGACUUGUACAUAUCGCUCGACAAGUGCCUUGAUCAUUACGGCUCAGGAGAAGUCAUCCCUGGGCCCAAUAGACCACAUCUCAGAAUACCAGAUGGCUGGCGAUCUUUUACGGAAGAUAACGACAAGAGAGCUUUAUCACUACGAUACCAAUGGCCUCCAUGCGAUGUUGAUCUGGCAAGUGGGCGACCACGAAUCAAGAGCUACAUCAACAAUCUCCACCCUGUCCGAUAUGCAGCCAUAUAUUCUCUCAUUGAAGAGCUUAUUUACAAAUCUCUUCCCGCCUGGGAUGUUGUAUGCCGCUCAGCUCGCAAGGAGUUCAAGUUCAAGAGAUUCGGAACCGUGCAUGAGGUCAAGUGGACUUGCAACGUGCCCGCCAUCUGCGCCACGGCGCAUGGCUGUCAUAAGAGUAAUAGACCGCUCGCAGAAGACGAGGAAUACGAGAGUGCUUCAGAAACUACUUCCGUCUUUGAAGAGGGUGAGCGGCUGAAUAGGGAAUGGUGGUCGGAAACUCACAAGAUUAACUGUCCAGAACCGCUGGAAGAUACAACAUACCCCCUCGAUGCCUCCCGCUUCAGAAGCGAAGGGUUCUUCAACAAGGCCUCCCAAAUCCAAGUCAUUGUUAAGAUGGCAAACAUUCAUCUGACCCCUGAGAAAUCCAAGUAUGAUGGUGGCUCGUGGCACGUUGAAGGGCAACUCAAUGAACAUAUCUGUGCCACGGCACUGUUCUACUAUGAAAGCGAGAAUAUCACUGAAUCACGUCUUUCUUUCCGUACUCAAGCAGAUAGGGAUAAUCUUAGCGAUAGGCUUAGUUAUUCGCAAGGAGACUACGAUGGGAUUGAAGCGAUCUUUGCGAUUCAAGCUAAAGGAGAUAAGAUGCAGAAUCUCGGACAUCGAGUCGAACCUUUUGAGUUGGCUGAUAAGACUCGUCCUGGGCAUCGCAAGAUCGUCGCUUUGUUCCUUGUUGACACAGUCAUCCCGAUCAUCUUGACAGGCAAUGUGCCCCCGCAGCAAAAGCAUUGGUGGAAGGAUGAGCUCAGAGAAACAGAACCUCUCAGUCUUCUUCCCAGUGAGAUUAGGGAUACAAUAGCCGAGCAAGUGGACUUUCCAUAUGGAAUGGAUGAAGCAAAACGGAUUCGGGAAGAUUUGAUAGCAGAGCGUAAGGUUGUAAACAGCCACGACUUCAGAAAACGGGCCCAGAGUUGGAACUUCUGCGAGCACUAA